UGGUGGUGCAUUUUUUAAAAUGUAUUUUUGUACUUCAAAAUGUAAACUGAACUACCAGACAUUACCACACAGUAGGUGGCAGCAUGUACAAACUAACGAGUGAAUCACAUGAUACCAAAGAAGAAGAUUCUUGUUAAACACAUCUGGGAACAACCAAUAGACAGAGAUGAAGUUUGACCAUCUUUUUAAAGAAAAAUAUUGUAUAUAUUUGUUUAAAAAUUAUAUCGUUUUCAUCACCCUUUACUGAAGAAACAACAAGAAAACAACCACCGGUUAGCAGCGCUUAUAGCUGAGAAGCGUUUGGAUAAGACAGAAUAACUUGGUUAAUGCCUCGGGUUCUCGAUAGCAACAUCAAAAUGAAAACUGUGAUUAUGUAUUGUAUGAGAAUUAGAGGUUUUAGGUUCGUGUUAAAGUAUCAACCCCUUCUAAUUUCCCUAAUUGUGUGGCAAGAGUCAAAUACGUUCUAUAGAACAAACUUCAGGAUGAGCAACCGAAAUGAAUAAUUAUUGUAUGUGUGUUAUAUUAAACAUAGAAGAGGGAGUAAAAUGUUGGCAAGCAAUAAACAUUUCAGAACAACCAUGACUGAAUUAUUAUCCUUACUCUUUCAAAAAAUACUAGUCGAAUAAGACAUGGGAUGUAUGACACAUUUUUUCAAAGCGAUGUAUUUGUAGACUAAUAGAAAUCAGUAGGGGAUUUAGAUACGGGCGACAUGGGCAGCCACCCAGAGCGGCAUACUGCGCCCCCGUGUGCGGGUGGACGCUAUACUACAAGCAAGAACCGCCGCAUACGCUUGAAACAAAUAGCCAAACCGAAAACUGCAGACAAAGAUGCUUUCUGCUACUAAGAUCAGUGAAAUGUAGGCUGAACUGACAACGGAGUGAAGAGCAGACAUCUCAACCUGCAAGCAAGUCGCAGCAAUGUAGAACGCGAAGGGGGGGGGGGGGAUUUUUCGGCACAACACCUGUUGUCUUGGCUCGUUCAGUGUGACAGGAUGUGGGGCGGCGGAGUAAAUACGGCCGUAGGCUCGGACAAAUUCUGUUGGUGUCAUUUUUUUAUCGUGUCGUGUGGCUGGUGUUAGGAGCCGAUCCCGAGGCCAGCAAGUUAUGACAUGAGUGGACAACGCAGAGCUUUAUUGCUAAUUGUCAGGGACAAGGAGAAGAUGAAGAGUAACCGUUGCGGUUUUGAUGUUGACCGUCAAACAAUGGAGAAGUUUUUUGAGGGGUUUGGUUUCCAGUAUCACAGUGUGCUGGACGAAACAGCUCAGGAAAUGAAGGAGGAAGUAAUAAACUUCAGAAACAGCAUCAACAGUAGCAGCGGGAACAUCAGCUGUGUGUUUGUGGUGACUUCGUCUCACGGACGCCGGGACGUCAUCAUAGGUGCAGAUAAAAAGACCCUGGCAGUAAAAGAUAUAAUCGAACCGUUUGGAGACGAGCUGUGUCCCAAGACGAAGGGGAAACCUAAGGUCUUCAUCAUAGAUGCCUGCAGGGGGAGUAACCAUGAUACUGGAGUUCACUUUGAUUCUGCUGCUGAUGAAAAACUAUCAAAGGAAGCCAUGGCCACAAAAGAGUACCGGUCGACUCGGGUGCCACCGUGCAUCAAUGACAUGCUGGUUGCAUAUGCAGCCAUGACAGAUUACGUGGGCAUGAUGAACAGCACCUCUGGGUCACGUAUGAUUUACAACAUUAGUCAAGUGUUUUCCUCUCCUGGUGCAACAGAAGAACAUGUCUACAACUUGUUUGUGAAGGCCAACGCAAAGAUGGUGGCAACACCCGUAGAUGUCACAGUCGAUGAAGGGAAGCCGACUCAGAGAACGGAACGUCGUAAAAUAAUUAUGACAAUGGAAUCCACCCUCAGGAAAACCCUUUACUUGAGAAGUUCAAAUGAAUCUGGUGUUAAAACUAUUGAACAGAAGGGAAGGAAGUAGAUUUAUUUGAGCUUCCUGUUCUCAGCAUUACUUGUUACAUGUUAUUUCCUUGCUCUAUUUGUCUACAAGGUCUUCCCACUGUAAUAUUCCUCCAUUUCUUUGGGCAUUUUAAGAAAUUCUUAAACCAAUAGUCAAAUAAAUGUACAGAUUCUUCAGUGGUCACCAACCUUUAAUCUACCACACAGAUGGUUGUUUUAAAAACACAACUUAAAAAAAAAAACUUGAGCCUUAACAUGAACCAAUUAAAGACAGGACUGGAGCAUUGGGGUUUGUGCAGGAGGCAAGGCACAAUACAUUAUCACUGCAUAUUGGCUGUGCUUGGAAUUGCCCUGCCAAUGCUGUUCUUCACAGACCAUUUUGAAGUAUGAUAUGAUAAAUGUGUAGGUAUAUAUAACGCCGCUGUUAAUAACGACACGUGUUCUAUGACACGUGAGACACAGCUGAGUGAGCGUGGUCAUUUCUGUUUUACUGGACUGAUGGCCUGCAGUCUGAGGGGAGGGAGGGAAGAGGCUGCCUCUCAUCUGACUCACCGUCUCUCUGCUCUCCCUCCCUAACCUUUAGAAAAGGGGACACAGCUGAGUGAGCGUGGUCAUUUCUGUUUUACUGGACUGAUGGCCUGCAGUCUGAGGGGAGGGAGGGAAGAGGCUGCCUCUCACCUGACUCACCGUCUCUCUGCUCUCCCUCCCUAACCUUUAGAAAAGGGGACACAGCUGAGUGAGCGUGGUCAUUUCUGUUUUACUGGACUGAUGGCCUGCAGUCUGAGGGGAGGGAGGGAAGAGGCUGCCUCUCACCUGACUCACCGUCUCUCUGCUCUCCCUCCCUAACCUUUAGAAAAGGGGACACAGCUGAGUGAGCGUGGUCAUUUCUGUUUUACUGGACUGAUGACGGUCAGUCUGAGGGGAGGGAGGGAAGAGGCUGCCUCUCACCUGACUCAUCGUCUCUCUGCUCUCCCUCCCUAACCUUUAGAAAAGGGGACACAGCUGAGUGAGCCUGGUCAUUUCUGUUUUACUGGACUGAUGGCCUGCAGUCUGAGGGGAAGGAGGGAAGAGGCUGCCUCUCACCUGACUCACCGUCUCUCUGCUCUCCCUCCCUAACCUUUAGAAAAGGGGACACAGCUGAGUGAGCGUGGUCAUUUCUGUUUUACUGGACUGAUGGCCUGCAUAUGACGGUCAGUCUGAGGGGAGGGAGGGAAGAGGCUGCCUCUCAUCUGACUCACCGUCUCUCUGCUCUCCCUCCCUAACCUUUAGAAAAGGGGACACAGCUGAGUGAGCGUGGUCAUUUCUGUUUUACUGGACUGAUGGCCUGCAUAUGACGGUCAGUCUGAGGGGAGGGAGGGAAGAGGCUGCCUCUCACCUGACUCACCGUCUCUCUGCUCUCCCUCCCUAACCUUUAGAAAAGGGGACACAGCUGAGUGAGCGUGGUCAUUUCUGUUUUACUGGACUGAUGGCCUGCAUAUGACGGUCAGUCUGAGGGGAGGGAGGGAAGAGGCUGCCUCUCAUCUGACUCACCGUCUCUCUGCUCUCCCUCCCUAACCUUUAGAAAAGGGGACACAGCUGAGUGAGCGUGGUCAUUUCUGUUUUACUGGACUGAUGGCCUGCAUAUGACGGUCAGUCUGAGGGGAGGGAGGGAAGAGGCUGCCUCUCACCUGACUCACCGUCUCUCUGCUCUCCCUCCCUAACCUUUAGAAAAGGGGACACAGCUGAGUGAGCGUGGUCAUUUCUGUUUUACUGGACUGAUGGCCUGCAUAUGACGGUCAGUCUGAGGGGAGGGAGGGAAGAGGCUGCCUCUCAUCUGACUCACCGUCUCUCUACUCUCCCUCCCUCCCUUUAGAAAAUGGGACACAGCUGAUGGUGAAACUCAAGAGCGUUAUUUCUGCCUCGUGCACCAAUUCAUGAUGUUACUCCUGUGACCAGAGGAAGUGAAAUAUUCCUCCAUAUUAAAAUGACGAGCCUCUAAUAAUAACAAGGCAAGUUUAUGGGAUCACUUUCCUACUCCUUCAUAGCAGCUGCAGUGCUGGUUGUAGCGUCAGUGGAAGUAGGAAGAAGGUGCAUUUUCUGGCUUAUGAAUGUGUGUUGACAGUCGUGAAUAACAGCAAACAUGAACUUCCUCAUAAAAACAGCAGCUCUUCUUCAGUGAGUCUCUGUCUUCAGUGAGUCUCUGUCUUCAGUGAGUCUCUGUCUUCAGUGAGUCUCUGUCUUCAGUGAGUCUCUGUCUUCAGUGAGUCUCUCUAGUCGUGGUUUUAAACGUUUUUGAAAUCUCACAGUGUAAACGUUGCUUUUCGAGGCUUCGGUCUAUAGUCUACGGCUCGAGGAAACUGUGCAGACACAGUGAUUGGUCAGCGGUAGGCCUAUAGGUGCACUUGAUUUGCUCUCUGGGCCUGCCGGGUAGGCGGAGUUUUACCUUCAGACACAUGAAAUGGUUCAAAAUGGGAACACUUUGCCUUCCCUGGCGCUAAGGCUGCUGAAUCAAGUGCACCUAAACGCCAACAGUGUCAAACCCAAAAAAUAUAUAAUAUAGCGCUUUAGCCACAGAGUUUCUAAACCCAGAGGUGCAACAUCGGGAGACUUCCGUCAACACUUGUGAAACAGAUGAAACAGACCAGAACCGGGGGGGGGGUUUGACAAGUCAAUGAGAGAAGUGAAAAGUCUUUCCUUUAGUUGUACGUUUUCUCCCGAUCUAAAGGAACAUCCUCAGAUUUGAGCCAAUGUCUUCAGUGGUUGAACGUGUCUUUACUAGAACCUUGUGAAAGUGGCAAACUGAAACCUUUUCAUUUUUUUCGUCAAAAAACAACGUUAUAUCGAAAGGAGUGCUUUUGAAUCGCCGGUCUGCACAUGCUCAGUUCAGUGCCAGACGGCCGUUAGACCCGAUGACCUGUUCCUACGCGUGAGCUUAGCUAGCCGACGUCACCAUGACGUCGCCAUGACGUCGCAAACAAGUGCGAUCGGGGAUUUCUAUUGGAGAAGCAGUAUUAGUCUUCAUACUGUCUCUGGUUUAUCUGUGUUUUUUUUUAAAGAAGUGUUUGGUGUUGUCUUGGAGACCAGUUGGUGACCACUGACUUAAACUGUUAAGUUGCAACCAUUUAAUACAUUUUUUUUGGUGAAAAAUGUCAUUGUUGUUAUAUUUGAAUGUUUUCUUCUCGACACUAUAGAGAAAUAAAAAGCUUUCACAUGA